GAGGCAAUAGUCCCGAGCAAGAUGAGGUCGGCGCCGGCUACAACAGCGAGGACGAGUACGAGACGGCGGCGGCCCGCAUCGAGAGCAUGGACCCGGCCACCGUGGAGCAGCAGGAACACAGGUUCGAGAAGGCGCUGAGAGAGAAGAAAGGGUUCAUCAUAAAACAGAUGAAGGAAGAUGGGGCCUGCUUGUUCCGGGCUGUGGGUUUUCAAGAUUUGAAGAAAUCGACAUUGCUAUGUGGAUUGGCUUUCAAGAAUGGCAGGUCUUUAAUCAGCAAAGUUCUGAUCCCUUCAGUCCACUUCCUCCUAAGUUCGAUUCAAACUGACCAGGUAUAUGGUGACCAAGACAUGCACGAAGUGGUCAGGAAGCACUGCAUGGACUACUUGAUGAAAAAUGCUGACUACUUCUCCAAUUAUGUGACAGAAGAUUUCACCACUUACAUUAACCGCAAACGGAAAAACAAUUGUCAUGGCAACCAUAUUGAGAUGCAAGCUAUGGCAGAGAUGUACAAUCGACCUGUGGAGGUUUACCAGUAUGGCACAGAGCCCAUCAAUACUUUCCAUGGCAUCCAUCAGAAUGAGGAUGAACCCAUCCGGGUGAGCUAUCACCGCAACAUACAUUACAACUCCGUGGUGAACCCCAACAAGGCUACCAUUGGGGUGGGACUAGGGCUGCCCUCCUUCAAGCCAGGGUAUGCAGAGCAGUCCUUGAUGAAGAAUGCCAUCAAGACCUCGGAGGAGUCCUGGAUCGAGCAGCAGAUGCUGGAGGAUAAGAAGCGAGCAACCGACUGGGAAGCCACCAAUGAGGCCAUCGAAGAACAGGUUGCCCGGGAGUCUUACUUGCAGUGGCUGCGUGACCAAGAAAAGCAGGCCAGACAGCCCCGCAAAGCCAGUGCUACUUGCAGCUCUGCCACGGCGGCUGCAGCAAGCGGCUUGGAAGAAUGGAGUGGCCGCUCCCCACGUCAGCGCAGCUCAGCUUCUUCCCCGGAGCACCCCGACCUGCACAAUGAGCUGAAUGCUGCCAAACCCCCUUCUCCUGGAAGCACUGCGGCCCUAGCACUUACCAAACCCCCCUCGCCGUGUGCUCCAGGUACAAGCAGCCAGCUGUCUGCAGGCGGUGGCCGAGUAACCCCUCCCUUAGUGUCGUUGUAUCCAGCCCUGGAGUGCCGGGCAAUAAUGCAACAGAUGUCACCCACAGCGUUCGGUCUGAGCGAUUGGGAUGAUGAUGAGAUCCUGGCCUCGGUGUUGGCCGUUUCGCAACAGGAGUACUUGGAAAGCAUGAAGAAAGGCGCCCUGCACAGAGACAGUGGUUCUGACAAGAGUUGAUAACUGGUUCUGGCUCUUGUGCUCGCCUGACACCCCUUCGGUGCAUGUUUUGGCAGGAAGGAUGAUACUACUUGGGACCCCUCCCCUCCUCCUCCACUGCUGCUGAUCAAGGCUCCUUCAGCUGCCCUUUUGCUCCCCACUUUUGGCUCUCCGCAGAAGGCUCUCCCCUCUGGUGCGCUGAGAAACAGACAGGUGCAAGAGAGGGACAGGACCUCUUCAACAAGGAGCUGAAACACUCACAGACUGGGGCAUGCUGGGCUUCCCCUUCAUCUGCCGUUUUUCAUUAUUAAAAGAAAUAAUUGAUCUGGUCCUCAGAGAGCCCUCCCCCCUUUGGAUCGGAGGGGUAGAGUUUGCCUGCGGGGUGGGGACUGACGUUGGGUUUAGGGGUGUGGAGGGAGCGUAGCUGCUUCAGUAGAAGGAAAAUGCCACUGUAGGGCCUGCUGGUUUCCCUCACCCUGGAGGCUGGGGGGAUCCUAUAAUUUGGGGGCAAGGAGAAGAGGAGUUGAUAGGACACCACUGUUUUUUUGCUCUUUCAGCCGCCUUCCCUGCCCUAAGGGAAAAGAUUUCAGCAAAGCAGGUCUUAAACCUGCAGCCGUUGAAAUCAUUCUGCCUUCCUCCAAAGAAAAGUCCCCCCUCUUGUCUGUAAGAGGCUGUCCCUUUUUCACUCGGUGCAAUAGCCUCUCCUUCUCUUCCCACCCACCUCUUUGUUCGAGCGUGGCUCUUGACCGCCCAGCAGGUAUCACUCCUCCCACUGUUGCCAAUGGGUUGGCCCAGCGGUCUGGUCUCCCUGCUCUUGUCGCUGUGCUUCGUUGGCCUUCCUUGGUCCCUCCUGCUGCUGCCUUUUCGAUUCUCCCUGUGCCUAGCAGCAGAGGGAGAGGGGGCACCACUCUCCGGUCAGUGUCAGGACUUCCCCCUGAGCAGGUCUGGCCUUAGGGUAACGCCGAGAGGAAAAGAGACUGGGAACCAAAUGGACUCUGGACAGAAAAUAAAGCGAUGGAGGCUGCAGCUAACGUGGUGGGGUGCCAAAAUAGACUUUGACUCCCAUUCUAAGGGCUGGUUCAAACAGGGGAGCUUCUGCUGGGUCCUGGACUGUUGAUGGGCUGGUUUGAAAGUCUAAAACAAAAAAGCCAAGGAAGGAAGUAUUUCUGGUAACCUUACCUUUUCCAGGUGUGGUGUCUUCCUCACUACAGGUGUAGUUAUAAUCUACCUAUUGUGGCCAUUUUACUGUCUAAGCCUUGGUCUGAACAAGUGUUUCUUUACACUUAGACGUAAAGAAGCCACAUGCUCAGCUUCUCUCGCGUCUUCAUGCUGAGUCCCAAAUUCCUGGAGGGACAGGAGAUAUGCUGACAUUCCUGCCCCCCAUUUGUUGCUCUCUGACGCUUCAAAGAGGCAUCUUUGAAAAGUGGGGAGGGGAGUAGUCUGCUGCUUUAGAAGAUGGAUCCUGGAGACUCCACGGAUGGCUGGUCUAAAAGUGGUAUUUGGUGCCUGAAAUAAAAAUAUAGGCAGAGUUGACCUCC